UUAGAAUGCCUCACGUGGUCUGAAUUCGCAUUCUGAAUUUGCGUUUCUUUGGCACUGAAGAAUUUUAAUGAUAAAAACGGAAUGGCAGCCGAUUUGAAGACAUCGAAAACCAUAGUUGAUGAGCUUUGUGAACAGCUUGAAUCUUCUACAACUAAGCCAAGUCAGAAAUUUAUCAAUGGUACUCAAUGGAAUGAUCUCAAAAGCGAACAAACUCGGACUUUACAAAAUCUUGCCCGAGCUCAUAUUGAUUCAUUUAAUUUCAUGAUAAAUGAAGGUCUUCAAAAGGGCUUACAAAAUUUGAAUCCGAUUGGAUUUGAAUUGGCUAAUGGCGAUAGGGUAGUUAUACAGAUUAUGGACUGUGUAGUUUUACAUCCAACUGUGCCGAAUAAAAAUGAAGUAAAAAUAUCAUCACACCAUUCCCUUUGUACAAAAAUCUAUCCAUCCGAAUGUCGUAUGGUAAAGACAUCAUAUAAAGGCAAAGUUUUAUUGACAAUGAAUUGGAGCCUAAACGGUCGAGUUCAGGACAUUAUUGAAGAUGUUAUUGGUGAUAUUCCCAUCAUGGUCAAAUCUAAUCGAUGUAAUCUGGAAAAAUUGACUCGCAGUGAACUCAUUCAUCGUAAAGAGGAUUCAGAAGAGUUUGGUGGCUACUUCAUAAUGAAUGGCAAUGAAUAUCUUAUUCGAAAAUUGAUUGCACAACGUCGAAAUUACCCAAUGGCCAUCAUACGACCUUCGUGGAAAGAUAGCGGGCAAUUUUUUUCCGAACACGGUGUAUCGAUUCGAUGUGUACGAAACGAUCAAAUUGGCUCAAAUAUGGUUCUUCAUUAUUUGACUAACGGAACAGUCAAAUUAAGAUUCUUCUAUAAUCGUCAGCCAAUAUACUUGCCAUUGAUUCUUGUGCUGAAAGUUCUCUGUGAUGCAUCCGAUCAGUUCAUCUAUAAUGAGCUAAUCAAAACACGUGAAAAUGAUAAUUUUUUUCAAUCAUGCAUUGUUAACAUGUUACGUUUGGUACAACAGGAAAAACUAUACACUUCUAAACAAAUCAAAAAAUACAUUGGCGAACGUGUUCGUGUUCGAUUUGAAGCUCCAAGCUGGUAUACGGACGAAGAGAUUACUGAUAAUCUAUUCAGAGAAUGUAUUGCCGUUCAUCUAAAUUCAAAUGUCGAUAAAUUUAAUCUGUUGGUCUUUAUGACACGAAAAUUAUUUGCCUUUGUUCAACGCGAAUGUGCGGAAGAAAAACCGGAUAAUCCGAUGUUUCAUGAGAUUUAUCAAUCUGGUCAUAUCUAUUUCACACUAUUGUUGGAACGAUUUCAGGUAUUUUUAAGUACCAUAAAACAAGCGAUCGAACGCCAAUUUCAACAAUCGCUACGAUUUCGAGAUGCCAGUUCCUUCACGUUGACGACAGCUAUGGUACGUAAAGCGUUGACAUCCAACUAUCGUGAAAUCACUCGACCAAUGGAACAUUUGAUUACGACCGGAUAUCUUCGUUCGAAAACUGGCCUAGGACUAAUGCAAUCUGCCGGUAUGGCUGUCAAAGCUGAAAAGAUUAAUUUUUGGCGUUUUCUUGCUCAUUUUCGUUCUGUACAUCGGGGUCAAUUUUUCAGUGAAAUGAAAACAACAGCCUGUCGGAAAUUAUAUCCAGAAGCCUGGGGUUUCCUAUGUCCAGUACAUACGCCUGAUGGAGCUCCAUGCGGCCUUUUAAAUCAUUUCAGUGAACUUUGCCAAAUAACCAAUCAACAACAGUCAGUUCGACAUUUGACUUCAGUUUUAACUGGUCUUGGUAUGGAACCAUUAGAUUCUCCAAUAAAACCUGAUUCAAAUUAUUUAAACGUUCUCUUGGAUGGUCGAGCACUAGGUUUUGUUCACGAAAAUUGUGUCACAAAAAUUGUCAAUCAAUUACGAAUGAUGAAGACGACCGGUAAAGAAAAGAUUCCGCUUACAUUGGAAAUAGGAUUGGUUCCUCAUACUGAUAAACCAACACAAUAUCCAGCUUUGUACCUGUUUUCAACUCCGUCGCGUAUGAUUCGUCCAGUGUUCAAUCUGUUAACACAAAACAUUGAAUUUAUUGGAACGUUCGAACAAUGCUAUAUGGACAUCUGUGUUACAAGUUCAGAGAUGAUACCCGGUGUUACAACACAUCAAGAAAUUCGCGAAACAAGUUUUCUAAGCAUUCUUGCCCGACAAAUUCCGUAUCCAGAUUUUAAUCAAAGUCCACGUAACAUGUAUUCAUGUCAGAUGGCAAAACAAACAAUGGGAACAGCAAGUCAUACACUUCGAUAUCGAUCAGAUAAUAAGAUGUAUUCUAUACUUACUCCUCAAUCACCAUUGGUUCGAACAUCUGCAUACGACCACUAUGCACUUGAUAAUUACCCGCUUGGAACCAAUGCUGUUGUUGCUGUUAUCUCAUACACUGGAUAUGAUAUGGAAGACGCUAUGAUUUUGAACAAAGCUUCAGUUGAACGAGGGUUUCAGGCCGGUAUUAUUCACAAGACAGAGGUAAUCGAUCUUUAUGAAUUGGCUGGGCUUCGGUCAACACAACAACAAGAACUGAUGCUUAAAUUCGGUUAUGAUCAAUCGGUCGAUGUUGAUGAGAAAUAUGCGGGAAUGUUCGAUCAGGAUGGAUUGCCAUUCAUCGGAAGAUUAGUUUGUCAAGAUGAUCCAGUUUGUGCGUACGUGGACAUGGUUGAAAAUAGGACCAAAUUUCAUAAAUACAAAAGUUCCGAGCCUGCAUACAUUUUUGACGUGAAAAUUUUAAGUGAUGGUGAUGAAACACGAAUUGUCCGAGUGGCCAUAUCAUAUUUAUUACGACGAUCACCGAUAAUUGGUGACAAAUUUGCCAAUCGUCACGGUCAGAAAGGUAUUUGUUCAUUUUUAUGGCCUGCUGAGGACAUGCCAUUUACCGAGAGUGGCAUCAUACCUGACAUUCUGUUCAAUCCACAUGGCUUCCCUUCUCGUAUGACUAUCGGACAAAUGAUAGAAACAUUGGCCGGAAAAUCAGCUUCGAUGCAUGGCUUAGUUCAUGAUUGCACUCCGUUUACAUUUUCCGAGGAUAAUCUUGCUUCGGAUUAUUAUGGUAAAUUAUUGGAAAGUUAUGGUUUCAACUAUUAUGGAACGGAAAAAAUGUUCAGUGGAGUAGAUGGGCGUGAGCUAGAGGCUCAAAUAUUCAUCGGUGUAGUAUACUAUAUUCGUCUACGUCAUAUGGUUGGUGAUAAAUACCAGGUACGAUCAACAGGACCAAUCGAUCAAAUCACCCAUCAACCUGUAAAAGGGCGGAAACGAGCUGGUGGUAUUCGUUUUGGUGAGAUGGAACGAGAUUCUCUUCUUGCUCAUGGUACAACAUUUUUACUUCAAGAUAGAUUGUUCAAUAAUUCUGACAAAACUCUGGUUCAUAUGUGCAAAAAAUGUGGCUCGAUAUUAUCACCAUAUUUGUUUUCGACAACCACCAACAAGAACAAUGUCAAUGAUGGGAUAGACGGUGAAGCUAUUGGUGAUCCGGAAGCAGAAAUGAUUCAAUAUUGGACAUGUAAACUCUGUGAUUCAGCUGAACAUAUUGUCAAAAUAGCCAUACCGUUUGUUUUACAGUAUCUAGUUGCCGAAUUGGCAUCGGUGAAUAUCAAAGUGAAAUUCACGGCAACUUAAUUAUUGAAAUUGUAACUAAAUUAAUUAAAAAUGAAAUGAAAUAACGAAA